GGAACGCGCAGGUGAAUCAGGAGCUGCGGGAGAGGCUGAGCCCUCGAUCCAAGCCGUCAGCGCGCAAGGCCGAGCGGGAGAUCGCGUCGCACCGGCAGUUCGCCCGCGAGCUCGCCGCGCUCGCUCUGCCGACGAUCGCGGCCUCGCGCAUGGAUCCGGAGACCACGGAUAUGGGGAAGUCAUUUGGCGAUGAGGAGGGAAGCGUCGGCGCAGCGAGUGGUGGAGCAGCGGACCCACUGGAAAAACGGCCCAACUCUGGUUCUUCAUCUUUGGAGGAGGAGGACGAGGAAAAUGAGGAUGUGGAGGAGGAGGAAGACCGCAGUAUUUCUUCACCGAGUUCCGGCACUAACGAAUCCCGGCUACUCUCACCGGCGCCGUCAUCCGUCCCUCCGCGGCCGCUCCCAAGAACCUCUCUGCAGGCGAAACGGUCUCCCACCACCCCGGACUCGAUUCCCCGGCUGCCUGCCAGCACGACGACGACUCCUUCGGCUGGCUUCACCGAGUGCCCGUGACGACCCCGAGGCCCCGUCCGGCGGAGAGAGCCGCUGCAACGGUUUCCCGUCGCGCCACAACGGGCAGGCGGGCUCGGUGGUGACCGUCGGUCCUGCUGCGCCAGGCAAACUUUCCCUGCGGAAUCCGCGCAGCCUGCCCUCCGCGGGAGUGCCGGUGGGCGACGCGGCGUCCGCCAUGUCUGCCGUCACCGCCGCGCGAUCGUCCAUCUUCAGCGGGAGCCACGCUGGUCCCCUGGCCGAGCCGGGAGGACACCACAAGCACGUCCCGCUCCUGCUGGCCGAGUUGGAGGCCGCGUGGGAACUCAACAAGCAGCUCCAAGAGCGUUUGGGUCGCGCCGAGCGGGAGCUGCAGACGAUGGCCGUGGACGCGGAGCUGCGCGAGGAGGCCGAGGAGGCGCGCGUCGCCGAGAGGGCGGCCGCGCUGGUGCAGGAAGUGUACGCGGCACAGAGGGAGCGAGACGCCGCGGUGUUGGCACGAAUGCGCUUGGCUCAGCAAGAGCGCGACGAUGCACUCCUCCGUGCGCGGCAGAUGGAAGAGGAGCACCUCCGGUCUGAACCCCAGGAGCUCACGGACUCGGAUGUGGCGCUGGAGGAGCUGCUGGCGCGGAUCGGCAGCGCCGACUCGGGUCCGGCCAUCGAGCAGGACGGCGCCAUCAUCGUGCGGCGCAUCGCCCGGGCACGCGAGCGCUCGCGGCGAAUAACCGCUGAGGAGAUGCGCGCCGUGCUUGCGGAGAGGGACGGCGCCCUCGCACGGUGUGCAAAGCUGGAGGAGGAGCUGGGGAGGUUGAAGGAACAGAACGUGUCGCUGGCCAACAACAAGCGCAACUCCGCCUGCGAGGGCAUCCCGGACCGAGCCAUAAAGGCUCAGCUCGUGGCCACGCAGCAGGAGAGGGACAUCGCGUUGUCACGCUGUGACAAGCUGGAGGAGGAGAUCCAGACGCUGCGCGUUUACUACAGCCUCCACAAGUCUCUGUCCCAAGAGACGGGCAGCCUUGGCGAGCGACGCGGCGGCAAUAACAGCCACGACGGCAACCACCACGGCAACCACGACGGCAACCACGGCAACUCCGACAGCGGCGGCAGCGCCGGGUCGCGCUCGCCGGACGGGGCCAAGGGUCCCGCCGCGGCGGGGUCGGCGCACGGGGAGGUCGAGCGGGGUCAUGGACACCCGCCGGACGGGCGGCUGCAGGAGGCUGAAUCGGAGCGUGACGCCCUGCGGGCCCGGCUGCUGCACGCCGAGCGUGACCGCGCCGUCGCCGACGACAAGGCGGAGAGGUUGGAGAGAUUGGUUGGAGUUCUGCGCAAAAAGCUGGCUCAUCAGACGUGACGUGACAGUGAUGUCAUCUGCACCAGCAUCAACAUCAUUAGCGGUGGCAUCGUUGCUGCCAUCGGCUGGACCCUGAGCAUCAUUCAUCAUCAGCAGGAGUAUUAACACGCCAAUGUAACUGGCGUUAUUAAUGCCAGCAGUACCAUUGGUUUCAUAAUCAGCAGUGUCUUAAUCAUCAGUAGCAGUAGCAUUGCGUUGAGCAAAAUCGUCAUCGACACCAAUAGCAUCAUUAUCAUAAGCAGCAGUAUUUGCAUUAUCAUUGCGAUCAUCUGCAAUAAAAGCAGCCUCAGGAAGCAGCAUCUUCAUCAUUAGAAUCGUCACCCCACCACCAUCAGCAGCAGUAUUAUAGGAUAACCGUCAGCAUGGACAGAAUCAUCAAGGGCAGUGCUAUCAUCAUCCUCAGCAAGGAGUAGCACCAGCUUCUAGAAGCUGUAUCAUCUUUGUCAUCAAGAGCAGUGCCAUAAUUAUCAACAGCAGCACAGUAUUAGCAGCAUCUUUAUCAGCAGCAGCAUUAUCAGGAGCUGUGUCAACAUCAUCGUGAGGAGUGGGUCUAUAAUCUUAGCUCUGAUCAUCUCUCAUCCUCCACCCUACUGCGUGUGACAUCAUGGAGGGUAAUACCUGUCUGUUGCUGCUGAGGUUGCACACAACGCAGUGCAGAGAUGGGAUGUAACCCGAUUAAGUAAUCGAUUACUCUCCCGGUUAUCGUUUCGAUUAACUAGGCUAAUCGGAUAGCGGUUGUAAAAUGAAAAGGUUUCACCGCCAUUCCAACAUGUGCCGAAGGACGGGUGGUGAGGGGCUCGACUUGGGUACGAAAUCGGCAUCGUCACGCCAGGCGUGGCUCGUGGUUGGGUGGGUUUACCUUCAGGAGACGGGAUAUGUUUGGGAGAUGGUGGGGAGGGACCUUUUUUUAUUUAUUAUAGUAGCCAGAUUAAUCGACCACAGAAAAAAACUAGUUGAUUGCAAUUUUUUUAUUGCUUCAUCAUCCCAGCUCUAAACCAGUGUUGGCAGCUUAAGGGCCGAGCAGUAGAUUUUCCUGUCCGCCAUACGUUUUUAAAUGCUGCAAACAAAGAAUUUCAGGCACGGUGUAGCCGCGGUUGUGGGUUAGCCGUGUGUGUGUGGAGGUGUAACGAAGAAUCCAUGCACGCGUCAAAAAUAUUGUGCAGCAGUAAAGAAUUUGGUGUUUUUCUAUCCGUUGCGCGGCGCGUGUACGUAGCGGAUUUAACGUCACCCCCGCUUCAGCUAAGUUCGCAAGAAUGUAAAGGAAUGUUUCUCGAAUCGAACCGCGACGCCGAACAGCGACAAGUGGCGGUGGCUAAUUGUCGUUUCACCGCUGUUGGCGGUCGAUUCGAUGUUUGUGAAGCGAGAGAGGGGGGGCUUGCCUUCGAGUUAAAAGGGUCGAUGAUGUUGAAUUUGCUGUAUUCGAGUGUUGUUACAAGCGUACGAUGCAAAUGUUUUAUUUCAGAAAUUUUUUGUACACUUUACAAAAAGAGUAAAGUCAAACAGUAUUUAAUUGUAAACACUCGGGAGGCUGGGUGGCCAGUGAUAAAAAAAGUGUUUAAUUAUGAAUAAAAAAUUAUUAUUGGUGAAGCCCCCUUUGUUUCAUCCACUGCUGGAUUAAGGCCUGUCCAUGUCGGUGACAUGCGAUUGGUUUGACCAUACUUCACCACGCUGGUCAGUGUCGGUUGGUGCAGGCAAGUGUGGGGGGAGGGGGGGGGCGAGGACCAGGACAGGCUCAGAUUUGACUCCCCACUGCUGAUAGUCGUGGGCGGGAAUCAAACUCGGGGUUUCACCGAAUCCAGAGCGCAGUGCGCUAACCACUGUGCCACCACUCCGCAACCAAAACAUUGUAUGUUGAACUUCUUUUGCACCGUACAUAGCCAACCGUGCUAAUCGGAGGUGCCGGAAACAUGUAUUUAAUCACCACCAAUUGUACGUCCACAUUAGUUUGCGAUUCACGUGUUUUUUUUAUACUUUAUAUAUAUGUACACAAUGUUUAUUUAAACAGCUUUUUUAUCAAAGUCCAGCGAGGGCAGACAAUGAUCGCGACCGAUGAUGAAAACCGCUCUAAAAGUAUUCAUUUUAUGAUAUCGAAUUUAAUUGACGGUCACAUGGGGUGUGCACGCGCCCGUCUUAAUUGUGACGUACGUAUCGAUGUCUUCAGUCACAUGGCGAGUGUGUGUCAUAAAAUCAGUCGGUUGUAGACUUCAGUAUUUAUUUUGUCGUGAUUGCUAACCUGCAAUAAACUAUUGCCGAGUUUUCAA